AUGUCUGUCAGGCAGAGAAAGGCUGCGAGCGGAGAGGGGUCGUUCGCGCGCGACGGGAACACUUCAAGCAGCAUUUCAGAGACACAAGGCGCCAGCUCCGAUGACACGUCAGCAUCCAGAUCCGGAGCAGCAUCGUCAUCAUCGACAAGGUCUAUGCUCAUGUCUACGCUCCCUCAAUGGAUAUUCAUACUAUCGCUCAUAUUCGGUGGUUGUUGCUCCAACGCCUACUACCUCGAGCUAUCCACACGAGCUCUGCCUCAAUGCGGCACCCUCCUCACCUUUUUGCACUUCUUCUUCACCUCUCUACAAGUUCUCCCAGCACAGCUCAAAGUCAUCAGGAUAUCAAUGCCCCUCUUCAAGAAUGCCAGCGUACCCAUCAUUGUGCUCAAAAGGAACGAGGUCCCAAUGAUCAGAUGGGCCGUACAGGUCUCGCUCUACUUUGCUACAAGCCUACUUAACAACACCGCUUUUGCUUAUCAUGUGCCCAUGCCAGUCCACAUCAUCUUCAGAUCAGGAGGUUUGGUCGUCAACAUGAUCGUAGGCUGGCUCUUAAAGGGAAGAAAGUGGGUAGUGAUGCACACGUGAAGGUCAAAGCUCAUCUCUCUGAUAUUCACGAGGCUCGACGCCUUGUCUCUGGCUCUUCGCUUCGCAGGUACUCUGCAUUGCAGAUAUUCUCCGUGCUUCUCGUCACCUUUGGCGUCAUUCUUUCAACAUUGGCGACAACGCCGGAGACAUCAUCUAGCAGUUCGACCAGCAGCACCAGCAAGAGUCUCGCGGCUUCUCUUUCUUCCUCCUAUUUUACCGGCAUCUUGCUCCUGACCUGCGCGCUCUUCAUCAGCAGUCUGAUGGGACUCUGGCAAGAGAUGACAUUUGCCGCGCACGGUUCUCAACACUGGAGAGAAAUGCUGUUCUACUCUCAUGCACUCAGCUUACCGCUCUUCUACUUCAAAAGAGCUCAGCUCAACAGGGAAUGGACGGGAGCGAUGAGCACACCAAUGCUGUGGAUAGGCUGGGGCUUACCUAGCGCGGACGCUUUGGCCUUCCCAAGCUCCUCGAAAAAUCUGCUGCAGCAUGCCGUCAAAUCUUCGCCUGCGCCUGCCCUCUCUGGCGGCAUGAGCCUCGAUAGUGUGGUGGAGCAGUCAUCAUCCUUUGCUCGUCUAGUGGCUCCAGGAGGGACGUUCAAUCUUCGGAGUCUGCCAGUCUUUAGUAUCCUGCCCUCGCCCAUCUCGCCCAUUGGAGGUGGUACAGGACCAGGACAAAGCUUGGGUCUCUUGAUCCCUUCCAUCUUCCCACCUCUGACGCUGAACAUUUUGACACAGCUGCUCUGCAUAAACGGGGUCAAUCGUCUCACUUCUCAAGUCUCUUCCUUGACCGUCACUUUGGUCCUCGUCGUGAGGAAAGCUGUCAGUCUAGCCUUCAGUUUGCUCCUCUUUGGAUCGGCUGCUGGUGGAGACAAGGGAGCGAAAGGCACUUUGCAGCUCGGAGCGGGAGCCACUGCUGUUCUGCUAGGCACUGUGGCUUAUGCGCUAGGCUCUUCCGGCAGCUCCAAAGUUGCAAAAGACAAGCGGCCCAGCACUGAAGCUCGUGUCAAGCCCAAGACGAGUUGA